AUGCUCGUUCUCAACCACAAGCUCAUCCUUCUCGCCUUCCUGGUGCUCGCCCUCUUCCUGACCGCCGCCGACUCGGUCGACGCCAAGAAGCAGUGCCGCGCCAAGGGUCGUCACCACAAGCACCACAAGCAAUCCUCUAAGCCCACCUCGAACCAGGAUGCCACUGGAUCCAGCUCCAGCUCUUCUGCAAACUCCGACUCCUCAUCCAGCUCUGGCUCCGGCUCCGGCUCCGGCUCCGGCUCUAGCUCCUCGUCCAGCUCCGGCUCGUCCAGCUCGUCCUCGUCGGGCUCGUCUUCUUCGUCUUCGUCUUCGUCCUCCUCCUCCUCUUCGUCCAUUUCCAUCUCUGGUUUCACCCCUCCCAAGGGCAAAGCAGGUGUCGCUGGCGGCAACUCGCUCAAGUGGAUCUCCAACUCGCUUGGAUGGUACUACGAUUGGACUCCUAACCCGGACAACUCGAACGGCGACAAUUUACUCGCCGUCCCCAUGCUUUGGGGUCUCGGCCGCGUCGACCACGACGACGACUACUCUCGCUUUGCGGCCUUCAAGAAGCUCAAGCCGGGCGCCGCCCCCUUUGUCAUGGGCUUCAAUGAACCAGAUUUUUCCGGCUCUGGUUCGUCGGGCAAGAUCUCCCCCACCGACGCUGCUUCGGCUUGGGACCAGUACCUCGGCCCUCACGCUGAAGCCGGUGCCAAGCUGAUCUCGCCGAGUAUGGCCAUGCAGAAGGACGAGACCUUCAUGGCUCCUUUCCUCAAGGCCGUCAAGCACAAGCCCGACAUCAUCGCAGUGCACAUCUUCCAGGACAACAUGGACGGCGUCAAGGGCGUCCUCGACCACUACGCCCAGUACGGCAAGCCCAUGUGGAUCACCGAGUUCGCCUGCAUCAACUACCAAGGCUCGUCGCCCGUCUACUGCGAUCAGAGCAAGGUCGACUCGAUGCUCAGCCAGAUGGUCCAGCUGUUUGAGUCCGACUCGCGCGUCGCUGCCUACUCAGUUUCCGAUGCCAACAACGGUCCUUACGGCGACCUGACGCCCAACCAGUCCGGUCAGAGUCUCAGCGCCACGGGCAAGUCGUACCUCGCCUCGGUGCAGAAGGCUGACAACAGCAAGCGUCGUCGUGACGGCCUUGUUCCCGUUCGCAGGUGA